AUGGCUUUGACCGCGCCGGUCGUAACGACUGGUCCGCCUCAGCCGACUGAUCGUGGUGUGCCAGUUGGACUUAAUGAAGCUGCUCUCGACUCACCGACGUUCCGCGCAACCGCCAUCCACUUUACCGACCAGAUUGAAGCUGUUGAGAAAUGGCUCAGCGGCUACGUGAACUCAACUGCCAAGUUCGCCCACGAGAUCCAGGGACUUGAGGAUACCAUCAACGCAUAUUUGACCAAGACGAUGCCGUCGGCCGCCGACGGCAUCAUUGAAAAUGAUUACGCUUUCCUGGCCUUGAAACGAGUCGGCGAUGGCCGAAGAGAGUGUUGGCAACAGAUAAUUGGUAGCGUUAAGAGAAUGGAUGCUGCUGUUAUUGAUCCUAUUCGGAGCUUUCUCGGCGGCGAUAUGCGAAAUUUCAAGGAGAUACGGAGGAUAUUAGAACAAUCGCAAAGGGCUUACGACUCGACUCUUGCGAGAUAUGUGGGCCAGUCAAAAACAAAGGAGCCCUCGGCCCUUCGCGAAGAUGCCUUCUCCGUAUAUGAGAAUCGAAAAGCGUAUAUCCAGGCCUCGCUAGACUACUGCCAACUAGUCCCGCAGCUCCGGCUCGCUACGGAUAAACUAUUGGUCAAGGUGUGCAAUGAGAUAUGGAAGGACAUGACCCGGUCGAGAGACGCCGUAGUGAAUGCUACCAGAUGGACUCGGGAGAUGGAUCGUGUACGGGGAUGGGCCAAGGAAAUGGAGGCUUCAGAAGGCGUCUUUCGCACGGAGCUGCAGGCUGUGAGAAGGGCACUAGGGGAGACGACACUGGAGGGCUUCAAACCUUCGAGAGAGCUCGAAGAAUACAGCGCAUCCACGGUGCCGUUUUUGGGCUCGCGAGGGCCGCUCAAUUUACGACCCAAGAAUGGCACUGCGGUCGUAUCAGAGAAACAGGGCUGGCUGUUUUUGAGGGCAAUUUCAGGCAAACCCGUUCGAUACACUUGGACUCGGAGGUGGUACUACUGCCGCGAUGGCGUCUUUGGCUGGUUGGUGCCCGGGGCCCAGGGAGUACUCCAAGGUGAUGAAAUUGGCGUUUUGCUUUGCAAUGCGAAGCCUGCAGUUGCUGAGGAGCGACGCUUCUGUUUUGAAGUCAAAACAAAAAACCAGACCAUGAUGCUGCAAGCCGAGAACCAGAGGGAGCUCAUGGAAUGGCUUGAAGUUUUUGAGGCCACCAAGAAGAAGGCUUUUGAAGCAAGCAUGGGCAACAAUGACAAGUCUGUUGCAGGUGGAACUGACCCAGCCUUUUCGAUACAUCCUCCAAGUGCCCCAGAGUUUUCAGCCAAAGCCUUCGAUAAUCCGGCCGCCGCCGCCGUCGAUGACGCUGGUGUCGGGUUUGAUCGGGGCACUUCGCUUCACAUUCCCGGACAGGACGCACAUGUUGGAACUCGACACAGUGUUGACGUUAACAAUGCAAGCCUGGGUCGGCGCUCCUUUAGUGCACUGGGGAGAGAUUUGGCCCGAGAAGACGACGAAAGCAGGCGAGAACAUGCUGCAAGAAUCAUUCAAAGAUUGGACCUACAUAGAAAAUCGACGUUUGGAGCUGGCGUUGAGCCGGUGCCGCUGAGCCCGGGCAUGCCGAACAACGGUAUUGCGAGUCUCAUAUCUGCCAGCCAUAACCUGCUGCCAGCUCGCCCGGGUAUGCAGGUAUCUGCUAGCAGCCCCAGGCAACAUUCAGGACUUCUGCCAUCGCCGGAUAUCCCUCUGGGAUCUCUCGCUCCACCGACUUUGGCCAAACCGCCGGCUACAACAAGUCUUAGUCGAGCGGCUGUGCUUUUGAGCGCGGAGAAACGUUCUGUUUCCAACGGCCGGAAGUUGCCGACGUCGAUCGUGGCGAAUUACUGGGGCAGUAACGUCUGGGCUACGAUUAAUACGCCUGAGCAGCCUGUUUUGCCAAGACGCGACGACGACGAUCCAAUCGGCGUGGUUUUGGCACAGAACUCAGAGACUAGUCUUCCCGGCGCUGGUAGCCAAGGCCGUGCUGACUGUUCACUUCCACGCAACUAUCCCACGGAGCUGAGGGCUCAAAAUGCCCAGUUUCGCCUGCUCUUCCCGAAUGCACCGCUAGGAGAGAACCUGGUGUUGGUCUUUCGCGCGGCGUGGUCGAGUUCCAAGGCACGCGACUCACCAAGUCAUAUCCUGGCCGGAGACGGUAGGAUCUACGUCACACCUGAUAACAUGUACUUUUACAGCCAACAGAUGGGUCUUGUCACGGCGUACAGCAUCGGUCUUGACACAAUUACGGAAGUGACAAGUGCUGCCGGGAGGGACUGUGACUUUGUUUUCCUGCAUCUUGGCCAAGACACAAACGACACGGGCUACACCCGCAUUACUAUCAAGGUGUUCUUGGAUGACAUCCACCUUCUCCAUACCCGCUUGAACCUACUGGUAGAUAACUUGCAAGCCGAGGAACCCAUGGACACGCAAGAUAUCAUUUCAGCGCUGAUCAACGUUGAGAAGGAAGAAUUUGAGCGGCCCAGUCCCGGUGCCGAAAGCUGGGAAGGCGCCUCGCUGAGCUCGCCAAUGGGUGAUGGUACAUCUUCCGGCCCGCCACUACCAAGGAGCCAGCAUGAAGAGGGAUCUCAUCCCCAGCUGCCCAGGUCGUCGCCGAUUCGAGCUCCCGGAAAGUUACAUCUCCCAUCACGACCUGUCGUGUAUGAGCCUGAGAACAUGACACAGGUAGCUGCCGAACGGCACUUCGAAAUAAGUGCCAAGGCGUGCUUCCACGUGCUCUUUGGUGAUAAGAGUUUUGUCUUUCCCAAGCUCUACUUUGAACAUCGAGCGCAGCAGAUUGCGCAGGGACCUUGGGUGCUGGUCGACCAGGGACAGAUGCGGCGAGAAUUUCGCUUCAAAGUGGACUGUGUUGAUAUGCUUGGUCGGAAGAAGCCGGAGGAGGUUGUCGACUACCAGAUCAUUGACGUGUACAGCGAUCAUGUCACGUACGUUGUGACCCAUAUCAAAACAGCAUGGCAUUUGCCUCAUUCGGGUAGCUUCAAGCUGGUGACGAAAAUCGUCAUUACGCAUGUGGCAAAAUCUAAGUGCAAGCUCGCUGCCUACGUCAGGAUUGACUGGUCGAAAGCGCCAGCACUGUCCAAGAACUUGGUCGAGCGGCAGGCUCUGUAUGAUGCCGUUAAUGAUGCGGAAGAAAUGGCGGAGCUGGCAACUGAUCAAGUUCGUAAGCUGGGACCUCGAAGCCGAACGAACAGAGCCAUCCAGGUGUACGGCCAUGUUGGCCAACAGACGCAGGUUGUCGUGUUUUCACCAGCGGCUGCGGAGUCGAGCAAGAAGCAAGCGAUCAAGCCGCGAACGCUGACGGCGAUGCUUUUCGAAACGUUUAGGUCCUUCGGGGAGAGCGCAGUCUCCUCACUGAUCAUGUGGGCCUUUGCCGGGUUGAAGAAACUCUUUGGCGUCAUCACAGGGCACCGGGUCAUGGUAUUCCUUUUGGGUCUGAGUGCCCUGUUCAACUUGCUGCUGACGUCGGCGGAGUCUUCAACCUGGUGGAAAGAGCGCAGCGCGGCAAGAUUCAUGCGGCGGAUCGGGGUAGGUCCCAAUCCAAUGAUGAGCAAAGCAAUUUACUUUGCAGACUUGGACGAAGCAGCUGGCGCAAACGGGCACGCACUGCAGUUUCCCAAGAACAGCACAUGCUUCAGUACGUACAAGAAGAUCUUGGACACAAGUGAGGUUGACAAUCCGUGGGAACAAGCCGGAGCCACGCUCUCAUCGCCGCUGAGUCGAGCCACUGCGCGGAGACUGCGAAGAACGAGGCAGCGUCUGGGAUCAUACCGUCACGACCUGAUGGUGGCGAUGCGCGUAGUCAACAGCAUAGAGAGGGAGAUGCUGCAGUCUGAAUGGGAAAACUGGCUAAUCGAUGAGAAAGGGCUAUGCGACGACCUCGACCUGGUGCUGGUGGGCGAGGGCGAGGACGAAUCAGCCAAGGGCGGCUCAUCGAGUCAAAAGAGGAUGGGAUCAUUGACGGGAAGCCGGAAGAAGGCACUGCAGAAAUGGAGAGAUGAUUACUGUGGCAGCUGUCGACGGGAAUAUGAAUCUGUCAUGAAGGAGAGAAUGGUAACGGGGGUGUAA